CAAAGUGAAACAUUUGAGGCGCUGCGUGUCUGUGCAGCUCACACCGUCCGCCAUGUUCUGUGACGUCAGCGCGCUACUCCCACCCCCGCGUCUCAACAAAAACAAAAUGGCGGCUGCUGCUGUUCCGUCACAGACAGAGCCCCACGCGCCCCCGUGCCCGCGCCUCGUCCCGUGACCCGCACCGGCCCGCGGGCCGUGAGAGGCCGUGCGGGGCCGUGCUCCGGGCUCCUAGAGCUCCGCAGCGCCGGUAUACCCGUUAAACCCGCUUUAAACCAGAGCCACGGAGAAGACCCGCAACACAGGGAGGACGUGACGUAGACCACGCACAGACUAUCUCAGCCAAUCAGAACGCAGAGAGCUGCGGCGCAGUGAAAGCAGCGCGCCUGAAACUGACGCAGAAACUGCGCUCAAAUCAGAGAUGGACACACAGCUGUUUAUGGAGUGUGAGGAGGAGGAGCUGGAGCCAUGGCAGCAGGUUGAUGACACUGUGGAGGAAGAUGAUGACUUUAUGGACUACACCCGACCAGUGGAGGACUCCCCUGACUCCUCCCCUCCGCACGAGUCUCCACCCCCAGCUCCACCCCCUGCACCUGCACCUAAAGGGAAUAUGGCCGCUCCCUUUUCAGCACAGGGAAAGGAACAGAGAAAGUUCACUGUAAAACAAGUAUUAGAGCAACUUGAAACUGAUGAUAGUGACUUUGGCCUUGAAUUGGACAGUAAUAGUGAUUCUGAUGAAUUGUUUCAACCAGAAGAAAGUGAUGAUGACGAAUCUUCUGCCCAAGACAAUGACUCGUCCAGUGAUGAAGAUGUGCCAUUUUCCAAGACUACUAGCCCACAGAUGGAGCCAAAUUGUGCCGCAAAUACUUACAGGUGGCGAAAGAAAGGCUUUGAGGCGCCUGACGUGAGCUUUCAAGGUGAACAGGUUGAGUCUUACCAGGAUGCCACAACAGACACGCCACUGGUUUACUUUCGACGCUUCAUUUCCCUUGAUAUGUUGGAAAAUAUUGUUGAGCGUACCAAUCGACACAGUGUUCAAAAGUAUGGGAAAUGUGUAGACACUUCAGUAAAGGAAAUAGAACAGGUUCUAGGAAUGUAUCUCAGGAUGGGAUUAGUUAAAAUGUCUGGAGUACGUCAGUACUGGGAAAGUGAAGUUCGUUAUGGGCCUGUGGCAGACGUAAUGAGUCGCAACCGAUUCAGCCUGCUACUCUCUGUCAUCCACUUUGUUGACAACGAAAUGGCCAGUGAGGAAGUAAAAAAGGAUCAACUUUGGAAACUGAGACCAUUUUUGGAUUCUUUUCGGAGACGAUGUCUGACUAUAGCUCCUCGCCAAAAACAGUCCAUUGGUGAGAUGUUGGUGCCAUACAAAGGGAAAUUUAGUGGCAUAAGGCAAUACAUCAAAAGGAAGCCACAGCCUUGGGGUUUGAAAGUGUGGGCACGCUGCUGUGUCACUGGCUUCCUGCACAAUUUUGACAUAUAUCAGGGAAAAGGUGAUGGUAAUAAACAAAAAGGGAAGAGUCAGUUAGGAAUUGGUGGAGACAUUGUGUUGAAUCUAUGCGAAUCACUUGCAGAGAAAGUACAUUUCCAGAUUUUCGCUGACAGUUUCUUCACUUCGAUGCCCCUGAUAGAGAAAUUAUUGGCAAAGGGAAUCUACUACACAGGAACUGUGCGAAAAAAACGUAUGUCUAAGUGUAACCUGAUAACGGACAAAGACCUCUCCAAGAAAGGCCGUGGAUCCUAUGAUUACCGAAUCGAGUCCAACACCAACACUGUUUGUUUGAAAUGGCAAGACAUGAAAGCAGUCAGUUUGAUGUCAACGUAUGCUGGACCAGAGCCUUUGGGAAAAGCUUGGAGCUGGGACAAGUCCAAAAAAGAGUACACCAACAUUGAUCAGCCGAACAUCAUCAAGGAAUACAACGCUUCCAUGGGAGGAGUUAACAUGCUGGAUGCACAUCUUGCACGCUGUAAAUUUCCCAUUAGGACCCGUCGUUGGUAUAUGAUACUUUUCUGGCAUUUCUUGUCUGUUGCAGUGAUCAACGCAUGGCUUCUUUACCAGCGUGACUGUGAGGCACAGGGAAUCACAAGAUCAAAAGUACUCAAACUUCGCAAGUUUCAGGGUUUGGUUGCUCAAGGCCUGAUUGAUGUUGGAACAGCAAGACAGCGAGGUGCACCACCUACUCCUGGCCCCUCCUCCCCACCACCACCAAGAUUUGUUCGAUUUUAUCAGAGUGCAGAUGUUCGUUUCGACCAAAUCGCCCAUUGGCCCGUCAAGGAGGAAAAUCGCCGUCGAUGUGCUGUGUGCAAGGACCUCAAAACUGAAAUGUACUGUGAAAAAUGUGCAGUUCCUCUUUGCAUCAACAAAAAAAGAAAUUGUUUCAAAGACUACCACAAUGUCUACCCAAUGGCUCCGGUCCUGGUUCAGACUCAGACACGGUCCCUCCCCGUCUCUAUGCCGACUGCUCCCGUCACUAUGGCAACACUAAACAUCAACAAACCCACACCCACCAUCCUCAAGACCACGCCCACCACGAAAGCCCCACCCAUCGUCCAGCAGGCCACGCCCCUCAUUCUUUCGCAGCUUCCUCAAGGAACUUUCCUCGUUCCAAGCACCAGACCCCAACAGCUGCUCAUCACCACACAGGGCUUCCCGAUGGUGAACUCAGGAACUCCUCUUGUCUUAAAUCUUCCUCCGGGUUCCACUGUCCUGCAGCCUGGUCAGACCCUCGUGAAACCGGGCGAGGUCCUAAAACCGGCUCAAACUCUCUUCAAACCGGGUCAGCCGCUCACCCUGAUCCAGUCGCCCUCUGUGGGUCAGAUUGUUCGUCCUGUGACACCUGUGCGAGGCCCCGCCCCUUCCGCUGCACCUGGACUCAUGCACCUGACAAUCCACACCAGCACACCUGAACGAGUGGCUCCAGUUGGCAGUGUUUCGUCCGUCUCUAGCCCCGCCCUCCCUGCCGGCUCGACUAAUGGCGUGCCUCGCUCCAUCACCAUUUUGUCGCCGCCCAAAGCUGCCCCUACACGACCCUCCCCACCCACACCUCCACAGCCCCCACUGCCCCCCUCGAUCUCCAUCUUGAAGUCUGGUCCUGCCCACGUCUCCUCCUCUCCCGCCAAGGUCACGCCAAGCCCAGCCCAUGUGACCAUUGCCCCAAAUCGCACUGUAGUCACCUUCUCUCAGCCGCGCCUCGUCACCAUGCCCCCCUCUAGCCCCUCUUUGUCCUCUGGCCCCUCCCUUUCCUCUGACCCCACCCUCCCCUCUGACCUCUCUGACCCCUCCCGCGUCAUCAUGAGCGUUGAAGAGUUCUAUUAUGGAUCGCACGAUGGAGACGAGCGACUCAGAGACAGCCACAAAUACACGGCAAUGUUGGUCCAGUUCCCUUGCACAGUCUGCCCCCACCAGGCCAACAACAACCUCAGGUUGAUGCAGCACAUGUUGACUCACUGGAAGCCGGCGAAUCGCGGUGAAGACAAAAAGAGCUGUAAAUUCUGCUCAGCCCCAGAGCUGCAGACUCAUCUGGACAAGGUGCACGGGCCCAACCCCUCCAACAGUCUGUGUAGGAUCUGUGAGUGGGCGUUCGAUAAUGAGCCUGUGUUUUUAAACCACAUGAAAACGAACCACAAACCAGGAGAGAUGCCCUACAUCUGCCAGGUGUGCUGUUAUCGUUCCUCGUUCUACUCAGAUGUGAUCCAGCACUUUGCGACUUUCCACAGAGAAACACGAUUCCUCCUCUGUGUCUUCUGCCUCAAAGUCCUAAAGAACUCUGAAAACUACCAGCAGCACCUGCUACGCCACCAGCACGAGGCGUUCCACUGUAACCGCUGCAGACUCCAGUUCAUUUACCUCAAAGAGAAAGUCCACCACAAAACAGAACAUCACCGCAGCUACAGGAGACCGGCCCGACUCGAGGGGCUGCCCCCGGGGUCAAAGGUGACCAUUCGGACAUUCGGGCGGCGUAGGCCUGCCCUCCCUUCAGAGAUGCCCCACCCCUCACAACCAAGCCCCGCCCCCUCGAACAUGAUUCAGCCCAUCAGCAUCAAGACCGAGCCUCAGCCCCUACUCCUCCAGAAGGCGCGCACCGCCCACAAGAAACUCGAGCACAGUACUGCCUUGGUCGGCCUGUGGCGCUGUGUGGAGUGUGGUGACCAGGCGACGGCCCUGUCGGCUCAUUACCCCACACACGUGCGCUGUCUGCUCUGCUCCUACGGCACCUGCUGCUCCAAGGCCUAUGCCAGUCACAUGGUCCACUCUCAUCACUUUCCUCGCUCCAAAGAGCCAACCCCACGCCUCAAACGAGAACCUCCGCCCAGUCGUUUCUCAGUUAUCUGCGCUGAUUGUCGGUUCAGAGCGCCCUCUGGAGAUGAGAUGGCCGUGCACCUCGCCCUGAACCCCACCCACUCCUUUGCCACAUGCACACCCCGAAUUCUGACGGACUUGGACGUGGACUUCUCUUUGCUCGCACCGCAGCGUUCUGAUUGGCCAACUGCUUCUCUUCCUGGUGUGAUCCCGCGUCCUUUGGCCUGUGAUUGGUCGACGCCGGACUGCAGCGUGGCGGGCGCACCUCCGUUCACACACUGGAGCGGUCCCAGUCAUAACGUACCACGCUCAGGAGACGCCAUCGACUUCUUCGAACUCCUGUUUCCCGCUGAGCUUGUCGACCUCAUAACAGCGGAAACCAACUCACACGUCAAGACACUGCGCUUCCUUUUUCACGACCCACUGCUCUCUGAUUGGACGACGCUGACGAGCAGCGAGCUGAAAGCUUUCCUGGGACUGGUGGUCCUCAUGGGGCUGCAGACACUCCCAGACCCUGCUCACUACUGGUCUUAUUCCCACUACGACCAAAGUUACAUGUUUAACCAGGUCAUGAGUCACCGCCGCUUCACUCAGAUCCUCCGAUCGCUCCGCCCAGGCAGCACCGACCCCACCCCUGUGCACAGAAGCCCCGCCCCCCUCAGCAGAAGUCCCGCCCACCACAGGGACCCGCUCCAGAUGUUCCGGCGCAUGCUGCAGAUCCAGGGCAAGGCCAUGUGGGACACCUACAGACCCAGGUGCUGCCUCAGUCUGGACCGUGCCCUGCUCCCCGGAACCCCGAGCCAGGAUCCAAACCAAGGACUAAACCAGGACCAGGGGCCAUACCAGGACUGUCCCAGACCUGGGCCGGCUCUGCCUCAGGUCUGGCUUCUCUGUGACUCAAAGUCUGGAUACUGUCACCGGCUGCACAUCCAGACCUCCCCUGGACCUGCUCAUGGUCCAGACAUGUCCCUGGUUCUGGAUCUUCUGUCUGGGCUAGAGCAUCGUCCCCAUCAGCUCUUCCUCUCCAAUGCUUUGUGCACCGAAGACCUGCUGCACCUGCUCCACCACCGAGGGCUGUACGGCUCCGCCUCCUUCCCCCGCAACCACCCCCACUUCCCCUCUGAGCUCUGGGACGACAGGCCUCUGGAGCACCCGGGGGACUUUGUUCAGAAGCAGAGGGGUGUGGUGUUGGCGACACGGUGGAAGGACGUGAAGGAGAUGGGGUGCCUGUCAACCAACGCGGCUCCUGGUCACACGGACGCCGUCUGGAGGAGGUCCCAGACCAGAGUCGGUACCCUGGACCGGCUGGACCGUCCCGAGGCAUUCAGACUGCUCCAGGAGAACAUGAGAGGGGCCGACAUCUGCAAACAGCUGUUAGCCUGUAACGCGCUGGGGGGCGUGGCCUCAGAGCGCCGCUGGAGAAACCUCUUCUGGUUCUUGGUGAACAUCAGUGUUGUCAAUGCCUUCAUCGUCCUGAGGGAGACUAGGAGAGACUGCCCCCCCAGUUGGGUCCAGAAGGGGCUCUUCACACAGGCACGGUUCCGCAAGCGUCUGGGGACGCAGUUGGCCAAAUGUUUCCGGUGCUCGAAUCCUGCUGACCCGCCGCCACUCAAUCUUCCUCCCAUCGCUCCUGCCAUUGCACCUGUCCUUGCACCUGUCCUUGCACCUGAGCUUGCCCCCGCCCUCACCCCUGCCCCACCAGGGCAGGAGGCACAGCGCCACCGCAUCGGCAAAAUCAGCAGGAUCUGCAAACGCUGUAAAAAUUGUCACUCCAAAAACUUGCGUCACGAGAGCGUGCACGGCUGUGUCGUUUGCAGCGUGAACCUGUGUCAGACCGGCACCUGCUUCUGGGAGUUCCAUGGACUAAGCGCCGACACGCCCGUUUCUCCCAGACUGGGUUUUGUGAUGAAGACGGGGCAGAUCUCAUUCGUCGAGCCGAAGAAGGAGGGAGGCUUUAGUGCUCCCAUCGAGGAAUCAGAUGAAGAAUAUGAGGAGUUCAAACCUGAGAAGGUGGAGUCUCCAGAGUCCAUGGACCAAUCAUUUCCCUCGAUUCUGCAGCAGCUGUUUUCUGAGCGUCAGCUGCAGGUGGCGCUGUGUGCUCUGUGUGAGGGCGUGAGCAAAGCCACGCGUGUCUACGCCACCGAGCCGCGUCUCAUCCACCGAUGGCUACGGGAGGCUAAUGCUAACGUCCACCCCGACCCUGAGAGUGAGGGGGUGGAGUCUGAGGUGGUGGAGCGCCUGGUGAAGUUUGUCCUGAGCAUGCGAGCAGGAGGGGGCGCUCACGUACACUGGUCUCUCAAAGAAAGUGUCCUCACUCCGACAGAAGGGCCUUCACUCCCUCAGAUUCUCAUACGACUGGGCGUUAGCUUCAUGCUACGAGCCAAGCUUCAGUUUCAGGGUGUGGGCACGCGUGUGUCUCAGGAGCUCCCUCUGCAGCUGGGGCAGCGCGUUGCAGCGUUUCAGACGUUUACUCAGAAGGUGAUCCAAGGCCACGCUCUGGCGAGCAGCGCUGUGGCGUCCAUGGACGAGCUGCACCUGUUCGCAGACCUGAGCCGUGCAUCAGACGUGCUGCAGAUGACGGGGACGUCUCCUCUGGUCACUGUUUACCUCACGGCGCUCUCAGACGGGACGCUGAUGCCCGCCUUAGCUCUGACCGCCUCCCCGCUGGAUGAGGGCACUCUGCCGGAGUUUGUGCUGACGGACAUUGCUCCACAGAGCACAGAUGAGGCUCUGGAGCUGUGGAGAACGAGGGUCUGGACUGAACAUGUGCGAGACCUGCAGCUGCAGAAGUGUGUGCUGAUCGUAGAUGCUCACGGUGAGCACACCACAGACGCCUUUCUGGCCGCGCUGAGCGAAUCAGGAACGCUCCCCGCUGUCAUUCCCAAAGGCCUCGGUUUCAGGCUCCACCCCUUGGAGAUCUGCGUCAAACCUCUGCUGCAGAGGUAUCUGCUCCGCAGGUGGAGAGCGCUCCCUCCAGGACACACGCAGGCGCUGCACGAGGACGCCCUCGCCAGCAUGUGGGUGAAGUGGACAGUGGAGGCGCUGUCCCACAUCAGCUCACUCCCAGAGGUCAUCCAGAGGUCUUUUAGGGUCGCUGGAGUGUUAGAAGAGAAGGAGGAAGAAGAGGAGCUGCAGCAGGUUCAAGACGAGUUGAUGAAGACGCUGAGUUUAAAGUUGGCAGAUGUGGAGAUGAGCUGGGAGCAGGAGCAGGACUUCUGGAACAUGGAACCCUCUGAGGAAGACAAGAUGGAGGAGCAAAAAGAACGGGAAAAGCAGAGCAGGAAGGAGGAAAGUGAGACGGACACUGAAGAUGAGACUGGACAGAACAAAGAGGAGGAGAGAAGAGGAGGAGAGAGAGAGCAGGAGGAGGAAGAGAGAAAGGAAGAGAGAGAGAACAUAAAAACACAGGAGAGGGAGAAAGGAGAGGAAGAGAGAAAGGAGGGAAAUGAAAGGUUAAAGGAGAGAAAGACAGAAGAGAGAGAGGAGGGAGGAGAGGAAGAGACUGAGGAGAUCAAGGAGGAAGAGAUAGAGGAGAGAAGUGAGGGAAUAAGAGAAGAGGGAAAGGAGGAGAGAGACGACAUGGACGCCAAAAAAGCAGAAACUAGAAUGAUAGAGGAUAGGGAAGAGGAAGGAGAAAGAGAGGCAGAGCAAGGCGCCCAAAAAGCAGAGGGAAUCACAGAGGAGAAAGGAGAGGAGGGGAGAGAGAGAGAGAGGUGGGAGGAAAGAAAGGAGGAGGAGGAGAAGACAAAAGAGCCUGAAAAGGAGGAAAGAGAGGUGGAGAGUGUGAGAGCGGCAGGAGAGGAGGAAGAGGAGACAAAAGAAGAGCCUGAAAAGGAGGAAAGAGAGGUGGAGAGAGAGAAGGCGGCAGGAGAGGAGGAGAAGGCACAGCCGAGACAUGAGACUCGGAUCUUGAUGGGAGAAGAUUUGGGAGACGAAUGGCAGGUCAAAGUUCAAAGUUCAGAGGAAGACGACAAAAUGGACGAAAGCUGAAAAUUCUUUUAAUGAAUACUUUACAGGGACGUCACGCUGGGGAGGAGCAUUGCUGUUCUACAUGUAUGUCUGUGGUGGAAUGUUCAGCAGUUACAGAAUGCACACAUUAGCUGUUAAAGUUUUUAGAUAUUGUGAAAAACAGUAAAAACUCAAUGUCACAUGUUCAGGAGCCUGUGGUCCGUCUCAGCCUUCAUAGUUCUGUUUAGGAAUUGGAUAUUCAACAAAAGGUAAAAGUGACUAACUUUUCAGAUCUAAAACCUUUUUUGUCAGUGUUUGCUAAUGUGUGUAUUGUUUCCAUCAUAACUGCUGAACAUUCCACCAUACACAUACAUGUAGAACACCCCCAGUAUGAUGUCACUUCAACGUAUCAAUAUCUGGAAAUCAUGAAAAAAACAAAUGGACAUGUUUAGUGAAGUGUGAGUGUGAGCGAGUCACAGCCAGGCUGAGGAAGUAUUCAAGACAUUCCAUCGUUUUACAAACAUUUCAGGCUCAAAUGUUCCAGAGUGUUCCCUCUGUGUAAAUCUUUUGUGUAAAUCCUUUGUGUAAAUGUGAGAUACGGACUCGGAGAUCAACCACAAAGAAUCGUGUUUUCUUAUAAAUCUGUACAGUUUUUCAUUCUUAUAGUAAGUUUUAGUUAUUUUGUGGGACUGAAGUUCAAAUCUGAAGCUCUUUGUCUAAUGCAGUUUUUAAAAAUAAAAAUCUAAACUCUAAACAUCAUUUUAGGUUUAAUAAGAUCACAACUGUUAAGACUUAAAUGGCCGAUAUUACACUAUUUUCUAAUCUGUUUUAAUGUAGUAGAACUAACAGACCUAGUUGUGUUGUGUUUUAUUUCAUUCACACUUGUUUAACAUUCAAACCCUGCAGAUUGAGUUCUUCUCUGACUGAAAACAUUUUCCACAGGGUUCCCACGGUCAUAGAAAUCCUGGAAAAGUCACAGAAACUGAAAUUCUCAUUUUCCAGACCCGGAAAAGUCAUGGAAUUUUAGUAUCUCUCUCACGCAACUCCAGCAUUCUGUUAA